GACUACAGGCUGAUCCUGAACAUAAGAGAUGAGGCCAAGCGGCUGGAGGCCCUGAAUGAGCACCUCAGCACACGCAGCUAUGUCCAGGGGCACACGCUGUCCCAGGCUGACGUGGACAUGUUCAGGCAGUUCUCGGCACCUCCCCCUGACCUGCGACUCUUCCACGUGGUGCGCUGGUUCCGGCACGUCCAGGCGGUCCUCGGUGGCACCCAUGGCCCAGGCCAGCCCUGUGGGCUCCAAGCAAGUAAAAACCAAAGCCGUCGCGGGCAGCCCCAGUGGUCACCUCCAGCGGGCACCGAGACGUGCAGGCUGCGUCUGUACAACAGUCUGACCCGGAACAAGGACGUGUUUAUACCACAAAAUGGGAAAAAGGUGACGUGGUACUGCUGUGGACCAACCGUCUACGACGCCUCUCACAUGGGACACGCCAGGUCCUAUAUCUCCUUUGAUAUCUUGAGAAGAGUGUUGAAGGACUACUUCAAAUACGACGUCUUCUACUGUAUGAACAUCACAGACAUUGAUGACAAGAUCAUCAGACGGGCUCGGCAGAACCACCUAUUUGAGCGGUAUCGGCAGCCGCAGCCACAGGCAACCCAGCUCCUGGAGGACGUGCGUGCUGCCUCUCAGCCGUUUUCCGUGAAACUGAACGAGACAACGGAUCCCGACAAGAGGCAGAUGAUGGAGCGAACCCAGCGCUCUGUGCAGCUGGCAGCCGAGCCGCUCGAGAAAGCCUUGCAGGCCAAGCUGUCCGCCGAAGAGACCAGCAGCCUUGCCAAGGUGUUGCUGGAGGAGGCCAAGGACCUGCUUUCCGAGUGGCUGGACUCCAGGUUUGGCAGCGAGGUGAUGGAUAACUCCAUCUUCUCCCAACUGCCCAAGUUCUGGGAGGAAGCCUUCCACAGAGACAUGGCGGCCUUGAAUGUCCUCCCUCCAGAUGUCCUGACUCGGGUCAGUGAGUAUGUGCCCGAAAUCGUGAGUUUUGUGCAGAGGAUCGUGGACAAUGGUUAUGGCUACGUCUCCAAUGGCUCAGUCUACUUUGACACUGUGAAGUUCGCCUCCAGCGACAAGCACUCGUACGCCAAGCUGGUUCCCGAAGCUGUGGGAGACCUCAAGGCCCUUCAGGAAGGGGAAGGUGACCUUAGCCUCUCCGCCGAGCGGCUCAGCGAGAAGCGGUCCCCCAGCGACUUUGCCCUGUGGAAGGCCUCCAAGCCCGGGGAACCAUCCUGGGAGUGCCCCUGGGGAAAGGGCCGUCCAGGGUGGCACAUCGAAUGUUCCGCCAUGGCAGGCACCCUGCUGGGGGCCUCCAUGGACAUCCACGGCGGCGGCUUCGACCUCCGCUUUCCGCACCAUGACAACGAGCUGGCCCAGUCUGAGGCCCACUUUGAGAACGACUGCUGGGUCAGGUACUUCCUGCACACGGGCCACUUAACCAUCGCAGGCUGCAAGAUGUCCAAAUCCCUGAAGAACUUCAUCACCAUACAGGACGCCCUAAGGAAGCACUCUGCGCGGCAGCUGCGGCUGGCCUUCCUCAUGCACGCCUGGAAGGACACACUGGAUUACUCCAGCAACACCAUGGAGUCUGCCCUUCAGUACGAGAAGUUCAUGAACGAGUUUUUCUUAAACGUGAAAGACAUCCUCCGUGCCCCCGUGGACGUGACGGGGCAGUUUGAAAAGUGGGAAGAGGAAGAAGCCCAACUGAACAGAAACUUCUACAGCAGAAAGGCAGCCGUGCACGAGGCGCUCUGUGACAACGUGGACACUCGUACUGUCCUGGAGGAGAUGCGGGCCCUCGUCGGCCAGUGCAACCUCUACAUGGCAGCCCGGAAGGCGGCCCGUAGGAGGCCCAACCGCGGCCUACUAGAGAGCAUUGCCCUGUACCUCACCCACAUGCUCAAGAUCUUCGGAGCCAUCGAAGAGGACAGCACUCUGGGCUUCCCAGUUGGAGGACAUGGGACCGGCCUCGAUCUCGAAGCCACCAUCACGCCAUACCUGCAGGUCCUGUCGGAGUUCCGAGAGGGAGUGCGGAGGAUCGCCAGAGAGAAGAAAGUCCCCGAGGUUCUGCAGCUUAGCGACACCCUGCGAGAUGACAUCCUGCCUGAGCUUGGGGUCCGGCUAGAAGACCACGAAGGACUCCCCACUGUGGUCAAACUGGUGGACAGAGAGACCCUGUUAAAGGAAAGAGAAGAGAAGAGAAGGGUUGAGGAGGAGAAAAGGAAGAAGAAGGAGGAAGCUGCCAGGAGAAAGCAGGAGCAGGAGGCAGCAAAACUGGCAAAGAUGCGGAUCCCCCCCAGCAAGAUGUUCCUGUCAGAAAGUGACAAGUACUCCAAGUUUGACGACACGGGCCUACCCACACACGACACCGAGGGCAAGGAGCUCAGCAAAGGCCAAGCCAAGAAGCUCAAGAAGCUCUUCGAGGCUCAGGAGAAACUCCAUGGGGAGUACCUGCAGAUGGUGCAGAACGGGACGGCGCACUGCAUGGCCGGCAGACGAGAUGAGGGAUCAGGAGGCUUGACUGAGGAGGUUGUGGCCGGAGCCCGUGGCUGCCACAGCAGGUCCCAGACAGGGCUCCCUCCGGACAAGCACCACAUUAGCGGUGUGGAGGGAACGGGAGGCAGCCGGCCCCGGGGGGUUUCCAGUGUGACUGCAGCCACCCGCGUGCCCGCAGCCCUCUAUGUGAACACUCAUGCAAUGAAGGAGGUAGACUGGACGGAGGGGCAGGGAAGUGAGGCAGGAAGCCUCAGCCGCGGGAACAUCCAGGCGGGGACGCCUGAGUUGGAGUGGCCAUCAAGUCCCCUGCAGAUGACCCAGAGCCCACUCUGGACCCAAGGAGCCCAGAGGCAAACACACCGGAGUGAGCAUGUGCCCCUGGUUCGCUUUGGGGUGUGA